UUAUUUAUACGGUAAUACCUGUUAUUUCAAACCCGCCCGACAACACUCUCUCCAAAAUCCUCGUUCAAAUAUAACCAUACAUCAACUACUUACCCUCGUCUUAAUCAUGAUUUACCGAAAUAUACCCUCCCCCAAUUAUCCGCUUCUAUCCUGAUCCGCUCCGCACGGAAGUUGCUCAGCACCGAUAAGGGUAGUGUCGUAAUUAUAUCUAUCAACAGAAACCGCCAUUUUCCACUCUCCCUUUCUCCUCUUCAUUUGACCUUACAGGAGCUAAAAAUACAGUUUUGGAGAAAGAAGAGAAGGGAAAACAAAACCAAACACACAACGCAUAAGAGCGGGCUGGAGCGCGCGGUAUUGCGUCCGCUUACCAUUUCUACAAAAUAAACAGCCACCAUGCCAGUCGCUAACCCAGAGCCCCAUCGAGCCAGCAGGUCUCGACAAACGAACCGACCCCCGUCAACUCGACACCACCAACAACAAUCGAGCAGAGUCCCGUUACGCCAACUCCUCCGCGUGACAUCAAUCGCUGGUGGGAUACAAUUCGGCUGGGCGUUACAGCUCUCUCUCCUAACACCCUACGUGCAGGAGCUGGGAAUCCCUCACAAAUGGGCCAGUAUAAUCUGGUUGUGCGGCCCAUUAUCGGGAUUGUUUGUGCAACCUCUUGUUGGCGUCAUGAGCGAUCGGUGCACCAGCCGGUUUGGAAGACGGAGGCCGUUUAUUGUUGCGGGUUCGCUUUUGAUUGCGAUAUCGGUUUUGAUUAUCGGUCAUUCCGCUGACAUUGGGUGGUGUUUAGGCGAUAGAGGAGGUGUUAGACCAAGAGCAAUUGGCGCUUUUGUGUUUGGGUUUUGGAUUCUCGAUGUUGCUAAUAAUAUGACCCAGGGUCCUUGUCGUGCUCUUCUCGCUGAUCUUACUGGAAAAGAUCAUCGAAGAACUAGAGUCGCAAAUGCUUAUUUCUCACUUUUCAUGGCUAUUGGUAAUAUUCUUGGUUUUGCCACUGGAUCAUAUAAUGGGUGGUACAAGGUUUUUCCUUUUACUGUUACUUCUGCAUGCAAUAUUGACUGUGCGAAUCUCAAGUCUGCCUUUUAUCUCGAUGUUGUUUUCAUGGCAAUUACUGCCUGCAUAAGCAUCUCAGCAGCUCAAGAAUCACCUCUAGAUUUGCCUGCCAGAUCUAUGCUUGCUGAUGAGGAAAUGCCAGGCCAGUCAAACUCUGAACAAGAGGCUUUCCUCUGGGAGCUAUUUGGGACUUUUAGAUAUUUCCCAUCAACUGUAUGGAUAAUAUUGCUUGUUACUGCUUUGAAUUGGAUUGGUUGGUUUCCAUUUCUGCUCUUUGACACUGACUGGAUGGGUCGAGAAAUUUAUGGUGGCAAGCCAAAUGAAGGACAGAAUUAUAACACUGGAGUCAGAAUGGGUGCAUUUGGUCUGAUGUUCAAUUCAGUGAUUCUUGGAGUGACAUCUGUGCUCAUGGAGAAGCUCUGCAGCAAGUGGGGAGCAGGUUUCUUAUGGGGCCUUUCGAACAUCUUAAUGGCUCUCUGCUUUCUUUCAAUGCUUGUACUGUCCUAUGUGGCAAGCCAUAUUGGCUACAUGGGACAUAAUCUACCACCAGAUAGCAUUGUAGUAAUUGCGCUAGUGAUUUUUGCAGUGCUUGGCAUGCCAUUGGCGAUCACUUACAGUGUUCCAUAUGCUAUGGUUUCCUCACGUAUUGAAUCCUUGGGACUUGGACAAGGGUUGUCAAUGGGUGUUCUUAAUCUGGCAAUUGUGCUUCCACAGGUGGUGGUUUCUCUGGGAAGUGGACCAUGGGAUCAAAUAUUUGGUGGUGGAAACUCCCCUGCCAUUGCUAUUGGAGCACUUGCUGCCUUUGCUGCUGGAAUUAUAGCCAUCUUGGGUAUUCCUCGAUCAGGAGUUCAAAAGCCCACGGUCUUCUCAUGAGUUAUCAGUAUCAAUGAAAGCCUGUUUUGCUUUCAAUGCCUCCAUACAAUGCUUUCUGAUAAGGCCUGGGAAUCAUUUAAAAGACCUGCCUCAGGAAAGAAAGAGGCAGGGUGAGGAGGAUGGAAUCUGUGAAUUUGUUCGCGUUCUAGAGGAGUAUAAUCUUUAUUAAAUGUCAAAUCCUGGAAGGUCGUGUCGCUGUUGCAUAUCCUUUUCCUCCACAUUGAAACUUGCAUUUGGCGUUGUAUUUGGUUUUUCUUUUUUUAUUACUACUACUUUUAUUAUCCCAAGAAAAUUCUGUUUGAAUUCCCACUAUGACAACAACUUGGUGUAAAAUGAUAAAUGUGAAAGGCGUUGGCAUCGCCAUGUGAUCCUAAAUAAUGUCAAUUUCUA